CCUUCUCCCCAAUCGCUUUGUCAGUUCCUCAACGAGACAUUUGCCGUGUGGCAGCUUUUCCCCGCCAUUCAGUUGCCGUGUCCCCCCAAAGGAGACCAUCUCCCGGUGGGAAAAUCCCGCAAAAAAGUGUGCGUGACGACCUGUUUUCCCGCCUCUGCUGUCCAUUUUCCCAGCACGUGCUCAGUGCCGGUAAAACGCGCCCCAGAAACAACAUCGAGACUCUCUGCUUGCGGUGGAAUUUCUUACGGGAUUUAAGAUGAUGCGCCGAUUCUCACGAGUCGAAUCCGCCGGGGAUCUUCUAGGUUACCUGGAUCGUGGUCAUUCCGCCAACAGGGAGAACCGCUGGACCUUUGAAAUUGCCUGGGAGGCUGCUAAUAAAGUGGGCGGUAUCUACACUGUGAUCCGUUCCAAGGCAUAUGUGUCCACUGAGGAGCUGGGCGAUCAGUACUGCCUCUUGGGUCCGUACAAAGAGGCCUGCGCUCGAACGGAAGUUGAAGAAUACGAGUUUCCACGAGGCAAUCCUUACGAGGGUGCUGUAAAUGCUGUAAGAGCUAUGGGCUUCAAGGUUCACACAGGACGUUGGCUCGUGGAUGGGGCUCCCCAGAUCAUUCUGUUUGAGAUUGGGAGUGCUGCAUGGCGGAUGGACGAGUUUAAGGGUGAACUGUGGAAUACGACGGCAAUAGGAGUACCUCACUUGGACAUUGAGACGAAUGAUGCUAUCAUCCUCGGCUAUAUGGUGGCCACCUUCCUCAGAGAAUUUAGGGAUAGUGUGGACAAAUAUUCGCGUGAGAAUGAUCUUGGUCCAGCUCGUAUCGUAAGUCACUUCCAUGAGUGGCAAGCUGGAGUGGGUCUAAUUGCGCUAAGAACCCGUAAAGUCGAUAUUGCCACGGUAUUUACCACCCAUGCCACUCUUCUUGGCCGUUACUUGUGUGCUGGAAACACGGAUUUCUACAACAAUCUCGCUACGUUUUCAGUGGAUGAGGAAGCUGGCAAGAGGCAAAUCUACCACAGGUACUGCCUCGAACGUGCUGCCACUCACCUGAGUCAUAUCUUCACAACUGUGUCCGAAAUCACGGGCUACGAAGCGGAACAUCUACUUAAGCGAAAACCGGAUAUCAUUACGCCCAAUGGGCUCAAUGUGAAGAAGUUCUCAGCUAUCCACGAGUUCCAGAACCUACAUGCCAUGGCUAAGGAAAAAAUCCACGAUUUUGUCCGUGGUCACUUCUACGGCCACUUUGACUUCAACUUAGACAAAACUCUUUACUUCUUCAUUGCCGGAAGAUAUGAGUUCUCCAACAAAGGAGCAGAUAUCUUCAUAGAGGCCCUAGCAAGGCUUAACCACUAUUUAAAGAAUCAGGCACCUGACGUUACGGUUGUGGCUUUUCUGAUCUUUCCAGCUAAAACGAACAACUUCAACGUGGAGAGUUUGCGAGGUCAUGCAGUAACGAAGUCUUUGAGGGACACUCUCCAGACCAUUCAGCAACAGAUCGGGAAGAGGAUGUAUGAGACUUGCUUAGCAGGACGUCUCCCUGAUGCAUCGGACAUUCUCACCAAGGAAGACAUGGUCAAAAUCAAGCGGUGUCUCUAUGCACUUCAACGUGACGGUCUUCCUCCGAUAACGACUCACAAUGUUGUCGAUGAUUGGAAUGAUGCCGUACUCAAUAGUAUCAGGCGGUGCAAUCUCUUCAACACAACAUCGGAGAGAGUGAAAGUCGUCUUUCACCCUGAAUUUCUCAAUUCGACCAAUCCACUCUUUGGACUCGAUUAUGAGGACUUUGUUCGUGGUUGUCACUUGGGGGUAUUUCCAUCCUACUAUGAACCUUGGGGCUACACUCCAGCCGAGUGCACGGUGAUGGGUAUACCCAGUGUUACGACUAAUCUCUCCGGCUUUGGCUGCUUCAUGCAGGAGCACAUUGCCGAUCCGAAAUCUUAUGGCAUCUACAUCGUAGAUAGACGAUUUAUCAGCCUUGAGGGCAGUGUGCAGCAAUUGGCUAGUUUUAUGCUGGACUUUUGCAAACUGAACCGUCGUCAGAGGAUCAUUCAGCGGAACCGGACAGAACGCUUAAGUGAACUGCUAGACUGGAGAAAUUUAGGCAUCUACUAUCGCCAGGCAAGGGUGAAAGCUCUGCAAACUGUCUAUCCCGACUAUGUUGAUGAGGGACCUGAGUACCUAGAACACCGUGCCAAUUUCAACUAUCCCAGACCCCUAAGUGCUCCACCCAGUCCAAGUUCAUCUCGAAGAUCAACCCCAGCACCCUCAACUCAUGGCUCGGGCGAUGAGGAUGAGGAUUCCGUAGAUGAAGAAUUGGAGCUCCAAGAGCUGGGCAUUAGUAAGAAUGGUGAUUAGGAAUCUGACUUAUUUCCAGUGGAUCACAUCCCAAGAGUGAAAUUUUAAUUGAGACAAAACUUUGUGAUUAGGAGCAUAUUUUAGCACGAUACCUUGUACAACUUGUGUAUUCGCAAAACUUCCCUUGUUGCCACUUUACUCAGUAAGUUCGUCAUGCCAUGUACUACCGAUAUUUCCCUUAUUACUAAGUCUUACAGAUAAAUCGUGUAAUCUAAUCAACUGUAAGGUUUUUCCUUUUGCAGUAAAAAAAACUAUUUUUA